UGUCAUCAACAAAAAGUCAACAAGUUCAUGUGUUUUGAAAGCAUGCGGCAUGGUCCCUUGCGCUUAAUAGGUAUUUAUUUCACAAAAAAGUUAUAAAACCCCUCAAGCCCGAUCAUGGCUGACGAAAGUUCACAUACCGAGGCUAAAAAGGCCCACAAAAAACGCCAUUCAGGUGUGAAAGCGGACAAAAAGAAGGCCAAAAACAAACCGACCGAUAGGACGAAAAAUCCAAAAGCCUUCGCUAUCACUAAGGCACGGUCGGCGGAAAAACGAUUCCGUCGCAAAGAGGAUAUAACCACCAAGAAGCAACAUAUUCCAGUCGUCGACAAAACACCGGAAGAACCACCACCCGUUCUGAUAGCUGUGGUAGGGCCACCGAAAGUGGGCAAAUCGACGCUGAUCAUGAAUCUAAUCAAGAACUUCACCAAAACAAAUGUGACUAAUCUGAACGGUCCCAUCACGGUGGUUACUUCGAAGAAACGGCGCAUCACACUGAUCGAAUGCAACAACGAUAUUAACAGCAUGAUCGACGUGGCGAAGUGUGUCGAUUUGGUGCUGCUGUUGGUCGAUGCGAGCUUUGGAUUUGAGAUGGAGAUUUUUGAGUUCCUCAACAUCUGCCAGGUGCACGGUAUGCCGAAGAUAAUGGGGAUUUUGAAUCACCUGGACAUGAUCAAGAAUGCGAAGGCGCUAAAGAUGCAAAAGAAGCUACUAAAGCAUCGCUUUUGGACCGAGGUGUACGAUGGUGCCAAACUGUUCUACCUAUCUGGGUUAAUUCACGGGGAGUAUCUGAAGAACGAAAUCAGGAAUCUAGGUCGGUUCAUAUCGGUCAUGAAGUUUCGACCACUUACGUGGCGUGGAGCACACAGUUACAUGAUUGCCGACCGUAUGGAGGACAUAACGAACGCGGAACAAAUUCGUCUAAAUGCCAAAUGCGAUCGUACCGUUGUGCUGUACGGUUACGUACGCGGUGUACCGUUGAAAAAGGAAAAUAUGGUACACAUCGCAGGAUUGGGAGAUUUGCCGAUCGAAGAACUAAACACACUGCCCGAUCCGUGUCCACUUCCGUCGGGUGAGAAGAAGCGUAGUUUGAUGGAAAAGGAGCGUUUACUUUACGCACCGAUGUCCGGUGUCGGAGGUAUCGUGUACGAUAAGGAUGCCGUCUAUAUUGAGCUGCAAGGUUCGCACAGCCACAGGCAUGGAGUGAAAAACACUGAACAGCAGCAGAUCGUCGAUUCGUUCAUCGAGAAGAAGGAAACGUUCGAUGUGACGAUCGAUAAUCAAGAGUUUCGACUGUUUAGUGACGGUGCUGUGAUUAAGUCGAGAGAUUUUGUUGAUGAAAGCAAACAAAAUGGAGAUGAUUCGGAUGAUGACGAACUGGAAGGUGAAGACGAAGAUGAGGAGGAGGAAGAGGAUUCGGGAUUGGAAGAUUCGGACGAUGAAGCAGACGUAGGUAAAGGUGCUCGUUUAGGCUGGAUACCGGAGGAAGCCGAUGACGAUGAUGAUGAUGAGGCAAACGAUGAGGAUGGUUCCAGUGAGGAAGACGAUGAGGAUGACUUAAACGACUUGGACACGAUGGGCAAGAAGUCACGCUCCAGCGGAUAUCUUUCGUCGGAUGAUGAGCAAACAGCAUCCGGCGGCAACACAAUGGCCUGGAAGGAAGGUCUCGCCGCAAGAGCCCGUAAAGACUAUCUAAACCGGUUGGCCACAAACAAAAAUCUGAUGAAAAUCGUGUACGGGGUGUUUAGCAAGUUCCACAAGCGGCAGCAAGAGAAAGCGGAUGCUGAAAAUGCCGAAUCGGAGGAUGAUGAUUUGCUGGGAGGAAUAUUCAAAACCGUCACCCAGAAACAAACGGAACUGCAGAAAAAGAAAAGCGUCCAGGAUGUGGAUGAAUGUUGCUUCUUUGAGGAGUACGGUGAUGGUAUUCGGGAUUGGACGACGAAGGAUAAUAAGGACCUCAUACAGAAUUGCUUCGUGACGGGCAAAUGGAAAGCGUCGGAAGAUGCUGAGGAACUGCUGAAGCUGGACGACAUGAGCGAUGGCGAUAGUGAUGUGUACGGGGAUUUUGAGGAUCUUGAAACGGGCGAAAAACAUGAAGCUUCUAAAGCACCCAAAAAACAAACGAAGGACGAUGGUGAAGGAGGAACUGAAGAUGGCGAUGAGAAAGGUGGUGAAGCGAAGGAAGCGGAAGGAAAAGCGGUCAAACGUAAGGCGACGAGAAUUGAGGAGAAAAACAUGUCCCGGACGGAGCUGAUGGCAAAGAAGAUGAAGCUGAAGGCAAAGUUUGACUCGGAGUACGACAAUCCGGAAAAGGACGAUCAGCAUAUUGUGGGUGACCAUCAGUACUACGAGAAGCUUAAAGCGGACGCCCUACGGCAGUCGGAACUCAACAAGAAGGAGUUUGCCAAUCUGGAUGAAGAUGUACGGCUCAACAUCGAAGGACACCGGGCGGGGUUGUAUGUGCGCAUGAGCUUUAAGAACGUUUCCGCUGAGUUUGUGGAACAUUUCGACCCGGCCUAUCCGGUACUGAUCGGUGGCUUAAACAUGGUGGAGGAGAACGUGGGGUACGUGAACUGUAAGGUGAAGAAACACCGUUGGUACAAGAAAACGCUUAAAACGGGCGACCCGCUGAUCAUUUCACUCGGUUGGCGACGGUUUCAAACGGUCCCGAUCUACGCUAAGGUGGAAGAUGAUUUUAAGCAUCGCUACCUGAAGUACACACCGAACCAUGUGACCUGUAGCAUGAGCUUUUGGGGUCCAAUCACGCUUCAAAAUACGGGCCUAAUGGCGAUCCAAUCGGUGGCGUACGAUCAGAAGGAGGUACGCAAGCUUGGCUUCCGUGUGGCGGCUACCGGUGCAGUUAGCGAAUCGGACAAGAAUGUCGACAUCAUGAAGAAGCUCAAAUUGAUCGGAACGCCGGAUAAAAUUUAUCAGAAAACGGCCUACAUAAAGGGGAUGUUCAAUUCCACGCUCGAGGUGGCCAAGUUCGAGGGUGCCAAGGUACGUACCGUGUCCGGCAUUAGGGGUCAAAUAAAGAAAGCAGUUGCACCGGAGGGUACAUUCCGUGCCACGUUUGAAGACCGAAUACAGCUUAGCGAUAUCGUGUUCUGUCGCACAUGGUUCCGGGUGAAUGUGCCGAAGUUUUACGCCCCGAUCACGAACCUUCUGCUAGCGCCGGAAAAGAAAACGCAAUGGAGCGGCAUGAAAACGUUGGGACAGUUGAAGCGCGAAAAGAACAUCCAGUUCGAACCGAAGGAGGACAGCACGUACAAAAAGAUUGUGCGAGAAAAAGUUGCCUUCCGACCGUUGGUUAUUCCGAAGAAUCUUCAGAAGGCACUGCCGUACAAGGAUAAACCGAAGCUUGGACCGUUGAAUCCGAAAAAAUCGUUCGAAAGUGAACGAGUGGCGGUGGUGCUAUCGCCACACGAGCAGAAGGUGGCCAAAAUGAUGAACAUGAUCAAAACCAACUUCCAAGCCAAGCAAAGCAAACAACUGCGCCAGGUGCGGGAACGGUCGAAGAAGUACAAGAAGCAGUUGGUGAAUGAAAAUUUUAAAAAGCUACAGCGCCAGAAAGAGCUGAAGAAGAAGGUGUUUAAAGCAAUCAGCAAAAUGGAUUCGAAAAAGGAAGAGAAAAUGAAGAGUGGUAAAAAGUGAAAAAUUUAUUUGCUGGAGGAAAUAAAGGCCGUUUAUAAU